GCGCGGCCGCGCCUCCGCCCGCGCUCGGCCAUGGGCGCUGCGCUGCGCUCGGCGCGGGGACCUGCGGGCACCGCCACCAGGAUCGACCUGAAACACGGAUAUGCAUUGACAAAGGAGUUGGAAUAAGACUGAGUCCUGCUCUGUGAUAUUUAUAUACCUGGACCAUGAACUUACUGUUUGGCUUCAUGAUUUAGGAACCUUUGUAGUAACUGUGUGAAGCUGUUGGGAAUCAUGGCAUUCUCUCCAUGGAAGCUGUCCUCUCAGAAACUUGGCUUUUUUCUAGUGACUUUUGGGUUUAUUUGGGGAAUGAUGCUUCUACAUUUUACUAUUCAGCAGCAAACACAACAUGAAAGCAGUUCAGUCCUGCGUGAGCAAAUUUUGGAUCUCAGCAAAAGAUAUAUCAAAGCUUUAGCUGAAGAAAAUAAAAAUGUGGUUGAUGGACCUUACGUGGGGACAGUGACAGCUUACGAUUUGAAGAAGACUCUUGCUGUCCUGUUGGAUAAUAUCUUGCAGCGCAUUGGGAAACUGGAGUCCAAGGUGGAAAAUCUUGUCCUUAAUGGAACAGGAGCAAACUCUACCAACAAUACUACUACUUCUACUCCCAUCUUAGGAGCAGUUGAAAAGCUUAAUGUAGCAGAUCUCAUAAAUGGAGCCCAAGAGCAGUGUGAAUUGCCUCCUAUGGAUGGUUUUCCUCACUGUGAAGGGAAAAUAAGGUGGAUGAAAGAUAUGUGGCGAUCUGAUCCCUGUUAUGCAAGUUAUGGUGUAGAUGGGUCCACGUGCUCCUUUUUUAUUUACCUCAGUGAGGUUGAAAAUUGGUGUCCUCGUUUACCUUGGAGAGCAAAAAAUCCUAAUGAAGAGACUGAUCAAAAAACAGUGGCUGAAAUUCGCAUCAACUUUGAUAAUCUCUACAAAAUGAUGUCAAGACAUGAGGAGUUCAGGUGGAUGAUGUUGCGCAUCAGACGAAUGGCUGAUACCUGGAUUGAAGCAAUCAAAUCACUUGCAGAAAAACAGAAUUUGGAGAAAAGAAAACGAAAAAAGAUCCUUGUUCAUUUGGGGCUUUUGACAAAAGAAUCUGGAUUCAAGAUUGCAGAAAAUGCGUUUAGUGGUGGCCCACUUGGUGAAUUAGUCCAGUGGAGUGAUUUAAUUACAUCUCUCUACUUACUGGGCCAUGACAUCAGGAUUUCAGCUUCACUGGCAGAGCUCAAGGAGAUUAUGAAGAAGGUUGUAGGUAACAGAUCUGGCUGCCCUACACAGGGAGAUAAAAUUGUAGAACUCAUUUACAUUGAUAUCGUGGGACUCACUCAGUUUAAAAAAACCCUUGGUCCAUCAUGGGUUCAUUACCAGUGUAUGCUAAGAGUUCUGGAUUCCUUUGGAACUGAACCAGAGUUUAACCACGCCCACUAUGCCCAGUCUAAAGGGCACAAGACACCAUGGGGAAAGUGGAACCUUAAUCCACAGCAGUUUUAUACAAUGUUCCCUCACACUCCAGAUAACAGCUUCCUUGGAUUUGUGGUAGAGCAGCACCUGAAUUCCAGUGACAUUAAGCAUAUUAAUGACAUCAAAAGGCAGAAUCAAUCUCUUGUCUAUGGCAAAGUAGAUAAUUUCUGGAAGGAUAAGAAGGCUUAUCUGGAUGUCAUCCACACCUAUAUGGAGGUCCAUGGAACUGUUCAUGGGACAAGCACUAUGUAUAUUCCUGGCUAUGUAAAAAACCAUGGGAUACUCAGUGGGCGGGAUUUGCAGUUUCUACUGAGAGAAACCAAACUGUUUGUUGGUCUUGGAUUUCCAUAUGAAGGACCGGCUCCCUUAGAGGCCAUUGCUAAUGGAUGUGCUUUUCUAAAUUUAAGAUUUAACCCACCAAAAAGUAGCAAAAACACAGAUUUUUUCAAAGGCAAACCUACACUCCGAGAGUUGUCAUCUCAGCAUCCCUAUGCUGAAGUUUACAUUGGGAAGCCCCAUGUCUGGACUGUAGACAUCAAUGAUCUUUCUGAAGUUGAGAAGGCUGUGAAAUUAAUUUUGAAUCAAAAGAUUGACCCUUAUUUGCCCUAUGAAUUCACAUGUGAGGGAAUGCUUCAGAGGAUGAAUGCAUUUAUUGAAAAACAGGAUUUCUGUCACGGGCAGGUGAUGUGGCCUCCAUUAAGUGCCCUUCAAGUAAAAAUUGCUGAACCCGGAAAAUCCUGUAAACAGGUUUGUCAGGAAAGCCAGCUCAUCUGUGAGCCUUCCUUCUUCCAACAUCUUAACAAGGACAAAGCUUUGCUUAGGCAUAACAUCGAAUGUCUCACCAUGGAGUCUGCAAAUGAUAUUCUGGUCCCCUCUUUUGAUGCAAGAAGGAAGCACUGUGUUUUCCAAGGUGACCUGUUACUGUUCAGCUGUGCUGGAUCCCACCCCACCCACAGAAGGGUCUGCCCCUGCAGAGACUAUAUCAAGGGGCAGGUCGCUCUUUGCAAAGACUGCCUAUAGCAGCAGCAGGGCUGCUUUGAGUUGGGGACAAAAUGUAAGUAGUUUGGAGAGGAGCUACUUAUUACUUCCUGCACUUUUGUCCAGGUUUUUUCGCUGCAGGCAGAGCUAUCAUUGCUGGGCAGAAUUGUCUUCUAAGAGAGGAGGGGUUCAUAAUAGACAGCUCACUGAUCUGUUUUUCCUGUAAGGACGUUUGCAGUGUAACUCUUCAGACUUCUUCACCUGUUUGCAAAGAGAAACAAGUUUCAUGUUCGACAGUGAUUUGAAGAUGACAGCGCAGAAUAGGUUGUAGAAAAUUUCCAGACCUAUCAAAUUUCUGGUUUUGUUGUUUGGGUGAAGUGUUUUCUAUUUUUUAAUGAGUUAGGACAUCCCUCAUCAUGAUUAGCUGAAGUAUUUAAACUUCAUUCCAGUAGAAAAUUGAAAAAAGUGUGCUUGAGGGAGGGGGGUGCCAGGAAGGAAGGACUAACAUUUUAUUCUAGGUGCACUGGUUUGGGUACAGCUUUAGCUUGAAUGGCUACAAAGUCGUUUACUUCACAAAAACUUGGAAUCACAAGAGAGGUCUGUACCCUAUUAUUGGGUUAUUUGGGCCCAGUUCUGGUUUUUUUCCUUUUUUUUUUUUUUUUUUAUUGAAUCUUUGUAUACAACAAGGUAUUGUCUGCAUCACAGCUGCUGCAUCAGAGCAGUCUAAACAGAGUGUAACGAAUGAGCAAACAGGCAGUUGACAGCAUGUGACACAUCUUGGUGACUGGAUAACUGCAAGGGCUGUGGCAUUCUUCAGUGUGGAAAAGCUACAAAAACAUACUGCCAUUUUUGGAAUGGACUCAUCACAGUUUACUGGUCCCAUUUAGAGAGUAAAUCCUCGGAAUUUGCCCAUGCUUCUGUUGUAGUCUGUCUACUAGAAAUACUGUGUGAAGCAAAAAGUAUUCAGCAUAUUGGAGCAAUAUUAUCGUUAGAACCUCAUUUUGCUAUGGCUUCCAGUAGUUAAAGUGUUGCUGAAUGACAUAGAAAGGUAAAACUAAGCUAACUAUAAUUAUUGUAUGGUAGAAAUGUAAAAUGUCUUCAUAACUAGCUCGGUUUUUAAAGAGAAAUUUUUUCUGAAGAAUAAGUAAGAGGAAACAAAGUACUGCAAAGAAAAGCAUUGAUCAAUCUCAUGGGUUCCUUGUUUGAUUUUCUAGUUUUAGGGGCUUGUUUGUUUCCUUUUUAUUUUUUUUUAGCAAGCACACCAAUUACAAAUUUAGGGGAAAGAAACAAUUCAGGAGUUCAGAAUUCAAAUCAAACUUCAGUUUUUUAGAGCAGCAAGUUAACUCUUCUUAACUGCCUUCUUUUUAUAGAAGUAAUUUUUGUUAUUUUCAGCAGAAGGUGACGUGCUUGACAGCACCAUUUGUAGUCAGGAAAUUAUGUGCUAAGAUUAGUGAGAAACAAAUCUGCAGUGUCUGCAGGUUUGCAACUGGGACACGCUCUCACUAUGCUGGAAAAAACCCUCAAAUCAAGACAAACAUUUUUUUCAUAAAGAUUAACCAGCGUCACCAGGUAAUCAUGAAAAGUAUAGAUACUUUACAUUUUCCUUUCUUGGAUAUAUCUGGUUGGUUCAGAUUGUUUUUGUAAGUGGCAUUCAUUAUCUGUGUGGGAAUAUUGAUGGGUCUAGCGACCUACCAAAGACCAAGCAAGGCAGAUGCUAUUUCACCUUGGAUAAAUUCUCCAGCCCAAUAUACAUUUAAAGUUUAAAUUUGAAAGCAAUGAAUGAACCUUUUCAAGCCUCUGGUUUCCUGCCUCAGCACUCCUGACAGUGUAGCACUCCUGUAACACUCCAUAACAUCCCUCUGGACUACACAGGAGCCUAAUCCUGGGGGAUUGUUGAGUAUCCAAAAAGGGUCUGUGGGAGCUGUUGAACAGCAGGGCCACCAGGAUCUGGGUUUGAUGGUGGGAAAAUCUACUGUAUUUUAGAGUAAUUUUUCAGAAACAGAACAGCUGGGUUCUUUAAUGGGAGGCAAAGUUUUUAUACGAAAAGAAAACAAAUGCAAACCAGUAUGAAAAUCCUUCCUGCUGCCACAGCUCAGCAUUUGCUUCAGUCAGCACAAAUGUAUAUUGCAAAAGUUUGCAAUAGUUUUACUACCCUGGCAAAGCUGGGGGAGGAUGAUUGGAAAUGGGUCUGAGCAGGCGCAACAAUGAAUUCUGUAUUUAUAUGAAAUAUCCCCUGCCUACCUGUGCAUAUCUGUGCAACUAGAAAAGCCUGAGUAUCUAAGUGUAUGUACUUCCAGCUGGUGCCAAAAGUAAAGGCAAUAGUAGGACUUGUCUUUGCCAGUUCAGCCUGAGGUUCUUCAGGCAGGAAUUUAGUUUGGACUGAGAUAUCACAGAACUAUGUCGGAAACAAAGAUUUGUGCGUGCGCACCUGAAGAAUGCAAAACGUGGGUUUUGCUGUAGUGUAAUUCUUUGCUGUAAAUACAUAUUUGCUUGUUCCCCCCUUGCUGUAUGGCCCCCAUGACACACUGCAUUUGAUUUUGCCUCUAAACCUUUAAAGAUGGGAGGGAUUUGGUAUUUGUUAUUAUAAGAUUUUCUGGUCUAGUGCUUUGCUCAAUGCUAAGUUUGCCUUUACCACAGCAGGGAGAGUUUAUUCUAAGCUCUGUUUUUCCAUGCUGUAGCACUGUUUCUAGUCUGCUGAACUGAAUUACUGCAUUCUGGCAAAAAUGAAACAGCAGCACCGAUGCCGCUUGCAUUUCAGCCAGGGACACAACAUCCAAAUUGGGUUCAGAGUCACUUGUCUCUGAUCCGAUUUCCACUGAAACCUGUAGAGAAGAUUCAUUAAUCUUAAAGAAAAAAGAACCAAGACCUACAGCUUCAGUCUAAAUUUCUGUAAAAGGAGAUUAUCAUGUGAGAACUGUAAGUGCAUAAACUUUGCAAGCAUUGCUCACUCAACUCCGUUCAGCACUCCCAUCGCACAGCGUGUUCCUUCAUGCAGGUAGAUAAGUGAAUCCUUCUGCAUAUAAGCACUCAGGCAAAUCCAUGUGGGACUAUUUGAAAGUCUGAGUAAUUUACAAAAACCUAUAAUAUAUAUCCACAUUUCAGGAUAGCGGGCAGCCUUCUGUCCAGGUUCCAUAAGUAUUUUCUUUCCUAAUUAAAGAAUAAAGGUGUAGUCCAAUUCUUGCACUUAAACAAGGAAGUUAGAGAUGGGACUGUGCUGCUGUCGUCAGUCUGAGAGUAAAGCUUGCAGCUUCCUUUGCUCAGAAGCCAGGUUUUUGCAUGACUGCAUUUGAAUAUAUUGAUCUGUGAUUGAUGGGGAAAAAAAUGUCAAAAAUUGAAUACAAAACCAUUUUACAAGCUUUUAAACAUAUCUCUCAUAUCAAGACAUUCUUUGUUUUAAAAUUUUGUAUUUUUGUAUGUGACCUAGUUUUUUUUCAAAAAUCUUGUUCCUACGAGAUUAGAAAACUUGAGAGAAGCAUUUACAUAUUUAUUAAAAUUAACAUAAAAGGCUUGCCUUUGAAAGGUAAAGUUGGUAAAUACACACUGUUUAAAAAUGCCAAUAAAAACCUCAUUUAUUUCAUA